AUGUCUGACUCUGCUUCCUCCUACCAACCUCGUGUUGCACUUAUCACCGGCGCAGCCCAGGGCAUAGGACACGCCAUUGCCCUACGACUCGCAGAUGAUGGGCUCGACAUUGCCAUCGCAGACUUAGCAUCACAACGCAUGAAGCUCGACGGCGUCGCAGAAGAGGUGAGGGCGAAGGGGAGGCGCUGCAUUGUCUUGGAAUGCGAUGUGUCACAAGAAGAGGAUGUCCAACGCAUGAUACAGGCUACGGAGAAAGAAUUCGAUGGUUUGGACGUUAUGGUUGCGAACGCUGGACGACUUCUCGUGAAGACUAUGGUUGAAUCUACCCUCACCGAAUUCGACAAUGUAUUCGACACCAAUGUGCGCGGGGUGUUCCUGUGCUUGCGUGCUGCAGCGCAGGUCAUGAUCAAGCGAGGACGUGGCGGGAGGAUCAUCAGCGCAUCAUCAGUAUCAGGGAAGAAAGGGGUGCCAUUGAACGGCAUUUACUGUGCGUCGAAAGCUGCCGUUCGAUCGUUCACACAGGCGCUCGCAAGUGAAAUCGGAUCACAUGGCAUCACCGUGAACGCCUACGCGCCUGGACCAAUUGAUACGCCUCUCCGUAUGCAGCGAUCCGAUAUGUAUGUGUUAAUCUCUCUAUCUCUUAGUGAGGUUCCCACCCCCCUGAUUGAUCGAAUCGCCUGGCAGUACCAAUCAACGACUUCAGCACUAAAGCAUAUUGGAACGCCGGAAGACAUUGCGAACUUGGUAUCGUUCCUUGCGAGCAAAGAAUCUAGCUUCAUCACUGGCCAGACAAUCACAAUUGAUGGGGGAAGCUGGAUGGACUGA